GUCGUCAGGCUGGAGGUAGAAGGUGGAGUUGAGCAGCUCUUCCAGCCUCCGCGGAACGUCGUUCUGCCGGUAGUACUCCAUCGCCUGCUGCUUCCGCUUCUGCAGCUCCCUAGUGGCCUCACAGCCGCGGCAGCCGCCGUCUUCCCCCAUGAUGGAGAGUGUCGGCAUGUACAGCUUCUGUGGAUGCAAAGCCAAGAGCAAACUGAAGUGUGAGUCAAGGUGGGAAAUAACCGCUGCAGAAACGGCUCCCACUUCUGCAUAUUCAUCUCCAGCCCGGAGUCUGGGAGACACGGGAAUAACGCCUCUGUCCCCUUCCCAUAUCGUGAACGACACAGACUCAAACGUCACUGAGGAGCAGACAUUUCUCGUGGUGGUCGCCAUUGACUUUGGGACCACGUCCAGUGGCUACGCCUACAGCUUCGCCAAGGAGCCAGAAUGCAUCCACGUGAUGAGGCGAUGGGAAGGAGGUGAUCCAGGGGUGUCCAACCAGAAAACGCCCACCACCAUCUUGCUGACGCCCGAGCGGAAAUUCCACAGCUUCGGCUAUGCUGCCCGGGACUUCUACCAUGACCUGGACCCCACCGAGGCCAAGCAGUGGCUGUACCUGGAGAAGUUCAAGAUGAAGCUGCACACCACUGGGGACUUGACCAUGGAGACAGACCUGACGGCGGCGAAUGGCAAGAAGGUGAAAGCUCUGGACAUCUUCGCAUACGCCUUGCAGUACUUCAAGGAGCAGGCUCUGAAGCCUGUCCUGGACAUUCUGUCUCCUCGCCCUCCUUCGAGAGACACCCAGGCCGGCCUGGCGUCCCCCGAGAACUCAGAUCAGCUCAUCAUCGCGCUGGAGCCGGAGGCGGCGUCCAUCUACUGCCGGAAGCUGCGGCUGCACCAGAUGAUCGAGCUCAGCGGCAAGGCGGUGGUCAAUGGGUACAGCGCCAGUGACACAGUAGGAGCUGGGUUUGCACAGGCGAAGGAACACGUCCGGCGUAACCGGCAGAGUCGGACCUUUUUGGUGGAGAAUGUCAUAGGAGAAAUCUGGUCCGAGCUGGAGGAAGGUGACAAGUAUGUGGUUGUGGACAGCGGAGGUGGCACCGUAGAUCUGACAGUCCAUCAGAUACGGUUACCAGAGGGACACCUCAAGGAACUGUAUAAAGCAACAGGUGGGCCCUACGGAUCCUUAGGAGUCGAUUUUGAAUUUGAGAAACUUCUGUGUAAAAUAUUCGGUGAAGAUUUCAUCGAGCAAUUCAAGAUCAAGCGCCCUGCAGCCUGGGUCGACUUAAUGAUCGCCUUCGAGUCUCGCAAGCGCGCGGCCGCCCCGGACCGAACGAACCCGCUGAACAUCACCCUGCCCUUCUCCUUCAUCGACUACUACAAGAAGUUCAGAGGGCACAGCGUGGAGCAUGCCCUGCGGAAGAGCAAUGUGGACUUCGUGAAGUGGUCCUCACAGGGGAUGCUGAGGAUGAGUCCAGAUGCGAUGAACGCCCUCUUCAAGCCCACCAUCGACAGCAUCGUGGAGCAUCUCCGGGACCUGUUUCAGAAGGCUGAGGUGUCCACGGUCAAGUUCCUCUUCCUGGUGGGCGGCUUUGCGGAGGCACCCCUGCUGCAGCAGGCCGUGCAGGCCGCCUUCGGCGACAAGUGCCGCAUCAUCAUCCCCCAGGACGUGGGCCUCACCAUCCUCAAGGGCGCGGUCCUCUUCGGCCUGGACCCAGCCGUGAUCAAGGUGCGGCGCUCGCCACUCACCUACGGGGUGGGCGUGCUCAACCGCUACGUGGAGGGCAAGCACCCUCCCGACAAGCUGCUGGUGAAGGACGGCACCCGCUGGUGCACCGACGUCUUCGACAGGUUCAUCUCCGCCGACCAGUCCGUGGCCCUGGGCGAGCUGGUCAAGCGGAGCUACACCCCCGCCAAGCCCUCCCAGCUAGUGAUCAUCAUCAACAUCUACAGCUCGGAGCACGACAACGUCAGCUUCAUCACCGACCCCGGCGUGAAGAAGUGCGGCACGCUGCGCCUGGAUCUCACGGGCACCAGCAGCCCGGCAGUGCCGGCGCGCAGAGAGAUCCAGACGCUCAUGCAGUUCGGAGACACCGAAAUCAAGGCUACAGCCAUCGACAUCACCACCUCAAAGAGCGUCCGAGUCGGCAUCGACUUCUUGAAUUACUAGCCAACCCCCCUCCCCACCCCCACCCCCAGCCCUGCACUCAGCUCAGGCUCACCUGUUACCUGCAGACCUGAAUCCUCACCCUUCUUUCCCGACCUCAAUCCUGCACACCACCCACCUGAUUUCCACAGCCAAGAUGAGGACAAGCAGGGCUAGAUGGGCGGAGGCAUUUGGAGGGCACCCAGAGGAGCGGGAGAGAGUGAACAGAACAGCAGCAGGCCCAUUCAGCUUGGGGUUGGGGAGUAGGAAUUCCUGGAGCCUGGGUGCACAGCUGUGGCAUGGGUACAGGUGAGAUAACCCCAGGGGAGCUGGUGAUGGAGCUGGCCUGGAGCACAGCUCCACUGAGUGGGGCCCAGGUUGCCCUCCUGCAAUCUUGCUGGAUCUGAAACAGGGACCCUCACAGGGACCAGAGGAGAUGCUUCACUUCUUUGAGACAUCCCUCUUUCUACAUGUUUGUUGGGGGGCUGACAGCUCAUCCAAGAUGCCACUCUGCAGUUCGUGGUUUUAUGUUUUGUUUUUCCCCUAUCACCAUGUGAUCAAAAGUGGGGCGCAGUGAGAAAUUGGAGGGAUUUUAGCUGCCUCCUCUGGGCCCUGUUUUAGGUUCUCAUAUUUAAAUUCCAGAUAGGUUCUGCGAAGAAGACCCUUAGACUAAUCCCAUAGGGUUCAUGUGCGUGGUCAAGCUGGGGCCUCCACUUCUCAGCAGGGGAAACCUGGCGUUAGGUGGAUACUCACUCGUAAGAGGAAGUCGGUAUCAGUCAGAGCUGCUACUGGGCCACGGCUUAUAUGAGGCCGUGUCGUAAUUCCCAGAAGGCACACCCUGGUUUCUGAAUUCAUAAGUAACUCUGGUCAACCUUGGAAGGGAUUCUGCGGGAGAAGAGGAGGUGGCAAUUUGCCAGGCUCACAUCCCCAAGACCCAGGGUCUCGAUGGUUCCUGGCUUUGAAGGUAGACAUUUUUUAAACGAACUCCCUCCUCCCGCACACCCUCACUCCCCUAAGAUCUGUGGCUUUUCAAUUCCACAUCUCAAAAGGGAUAUGGUGGUGAAACAUGAGGCAGCUUCAGUGAGAUGCUUCAUUAAAAUCUUCAGUUAUUAAAACCUGUCAAAAACCUGCUUGUCAAUGGAUACUAAUGAAUCAAACCAGCUUAAAAAUAUAUAUGCGGAUAUUUUAAGGAGCCCUGGUGGCACUAGGGUAAGCUAACCACAGAGCUGUCCGUUCAAACCCACCGGCCACUCCAAGGGAGAAAGACAAGGCUUUCUGCUCCAGUAAAGACUGACAGCUUUGAAAACCCAAAGGAGCAGUUCUGUUCUGUCCUGUCAGGUUGCUGUGAGUCAGGUUCAAUUCAAUAGCAGUCAGGUUCAAAUUGCAUCAGACUUGCCUGGGUGUUGGUGAAACACAGGCAUCUGGAUCCUAACUAGGGUGUUAUUAACUGAAGCCAAAUCUUGGAGGGAGGGGUCUAGAAUCUGCAUUUUGUUGGAUGCACCAUAGGUGGUCCAACUGAAACUCUGGAAUUGCUCGUUAGUUACUGUUGAAAGCUGAAGCGCAGGUGGCAGCCAGCAUACCUGGCCUUCCCGUUGUUAGGGGUCCCACAAGGAGAGGGUUUGCAUGUACAGAGUGUGCCCCCACACCUUGUCCCUUGGUGAAUGGGGCUUGGCCCCUGCCUGGCUUGGGUCCUGGUACUUGUAACCCUUAGGAAGAGAAUGAUGGGAAGGAAAGGACCCUAGAAUGGGGACUGAAUUAAGAGCCAACAGUGCUCUGCAAAAACUCAGUCUUCUUGGUCUCCACCGUCCAGGAACCCUCUGGGGACAGAGUCAUGGCUCUGACUCUCUGUCACUGUUUGAUCUGUUCAGGGCUGUCUGUUCCCCUUGCUUGGCAUCACAUCUCUGGCAUCUGCAAGAGUGAGUCGAGUCUGAGUGAAUUGGCUUAGACUGCAAGUUGGAUUUGCAUGCCCGUGGUCAUUGUUGCUCCUCAGGCUCUUGAACAGCCUUUGCCAUUUCAUUUGCGCACACCCGCUCUUCUUUCCCACGUCAGGUGCUGCAGAACUCUAUACUAGAAUGUGAAACACACCCACCUCCACUGGGUGAGAGCACGCUGCGUCUGGCACUCGGUAGCAGGCUUGCCUUCCUGCCGAGGCGCAAAGACGGCUUGCUCGUGGUCUCUCUCGUGCUGCCUGCUCUGCUUCACAAGCUAAAUGCCCCGGGCUUUUCUCUGAUGUUGCCAGCCAUACUCGACAACUAGGCCUUUUUAAAAGUUCAUUUACGAGUAAUAUAAUUUUAUGUACAUACGAUAGUAGAAGGCUGUACAGAAUCUUUAUUUCUACAAAGUGCUUUUCUUGUGUAUAUAUCUAUAUGAAAAAAAAGGGAGCAUGCUCUUGGAUUCCGUUGAUGACUGCUGCCCUUUGUGGUCCACGGUCCUGUUUCUUCAUAGGGGAGCCUUGGCAUCAUGGUGAUGCACUGGGAUGCUGCGAUCCGAAAGAUCAGUGGUUCGAAACCACCAGCUACUCCGAGGGAGAAAGUUGGGGCUUUCUACUCCCCGUAAAGAGUUACAGAGAAAUCCACUGGAGCGGUUCCACCCUGCCGUGGAGGGUCUCUAUGAGUCGGCAUCGACUCAAUGGCAGUGGAAGUUUUUUUUUUAUUUCUUCAUUUUCCAUUGGUCUCAACACCAAGCGAUGUGGACUGGUUCUCUGAGGCUGAGUUAUAGAAGGAGGUGCUGAGGGUCUGAAAUCUCUUUGAACAAAUGGCCAUCUGAGUCGACCGCCUCCCCAAAGGUUCACAGUGCUAUUUAAAGGAACGCAAGGAGGGGUGGGUUCUCCUGUCCAGCCUGAGAGCCAGCUUCUGGUGCUGUAAGCAGUGUAACAGUGCAAAAAACCCUACCAAGCCCCUCGUUGCCUUUCAGCAGGGCAGUCCGCUUCCUCUCUGGGGUGGGGACCACUGCUCCCCACCACGCAUGAUGCUUUCAGUACGCUAGGGCCCAAGGAAGGAUAUGAGGGGUACAGACACCCAGCUUUUCUGCCAGAUUCUACGUGAGUAAUGUAGUGAAGCUUCCCCCCUCCCCGAACCCCCCCAUGUCUUGAGAAUACCUCCUUCUCUCCCCCUCCUGCUUAAAUGAUCUGGUUGAAUUCUGCAGUGUUGGCAAAUAGAGGGUUAAGAGGGUGGUGAUUUUAUUGGACUUUCUUCUUCUUACCCAAGCAAUACAAGCCCAAUAGUCAGAACUCCUGAAAGGAAGCCCCCAAAUAUAUCUCCCCUGCCCAUCGCAGUGUUGUAGCCUAAUAUACUGGGGCACAUUUUCUUAUCUUAGAGGGUUUCUAGAAUAGUCUUGACUAUUGCCCCCGAGGUCCUUACCAUGCGAUGUUCAUGUCUUCAAGGGUUUCCUCUGUAACUGCCCUCUCUUUCUGCACACUCACACUGUGAUACACGCUGACUGACGGGUUACAGCGACAGGAAAGAGGAAGGAACAUACAAGAUGGCUAAGAUGCGUCCAGAUGUUAGAGCCUGCCCCACCCUUAGAUUGUUAUGUAGAUCAAAUUUUAGCUUUUAGAGUCCAGGCCUGGUGACUUGCCAGGGUAGCAAAGAAUCGCAUGCACCCAUAUAAGCGGGAGUCAAAAUGCAUCAGUAGCCGAAGACCGAAUUUUACCUUGCCGAGAUGUUAAUAGCUGUGAGUUAAGCUGCAUUAAGUUGUGCUGAGGAAUGACCUAAGUGAACGACGAGUAUCAACGUUCUUCUUGUCCACCUCGUCACACCUCUCAUCUGCGUGGACAACGGAACGCUCUUCCACAAUCUCAGCCAUCGGCCAUCAGCUCUUGUUCACAGGACUUCGCAGCCAUUCACGACGGGGCAGGAUUGUAUCUGCUAACUCUACACGAAUAAAGCAAAACUCUGGA